CCACCGACCCCGGAGCCGGUGACCUGGGUCAAGCCUCGGCUGGGCCGGGUCCACGUGGCCGACCCGCGCAAGUUGGCAGAGGUGCACGCGCACGGCGCGGUGCAGCCCUGGACCAAGGCCCUCUCUCUUGACAACGGCUUGGUGGCUGUGCACGUGCGGCACGAGUCCUAUACGGUGGAGCCCGCCUUCCCAGGCCCGAUGUGCCGGCUCUAUGCGAAGGACCCCGCCGGCGUGCUGCACGUCUGUGUACCCAUCCAAGAGUUCUGCUCCCAGGUGGACUAUGGCAUGUAUGUGGUGUGGGUGACCAGCUUCGCCGAGCUCUUCAACCAGACGGGCCAGCACUGGGCGCUGGUGCCGCAGCCGCCGUCCACGCCCAAGCCCAGCCACAUCUGGCGGUGCUACAGCACGUCCGCCAAGAUCCGAUUCCGCUGUGACCGGUGCGGCAACGCAUGGACGUCAAUGCAUGGCCAGGUGUCCUUCCAGUACUUUUUGCACAGAGGACCGGGCGCGGGCACCGUCUUCUUUCAGCUGUUUGGCCAGAAGUGCCGCGUGUGCGUGCGCGAGCGGCUGCGCGAGCGCGUCUCUGCCACUGCCACCACCGCCGCCGGCCAGAGCGCGGCUACCGAGCCACAGCCAGCCGCCAACGCCGCCGCCCCCGCCGCCGAGCCAGCGGGAGCUGCCGCAGCCGCCGCCGCGGGCGGCGAGGACGACGACGUGGGCUACGCCAACCCGAUGUGGUACCCGGACGAGGUCCGACGGGUGUUGCUGGAGCUGUACGUCCAGGUCACCAGCAAGCUGUACCCGGAUCUGCCGCGCGUGGUGCCGCCGUCCGGCCAGCAGCGCCGCUUCGGUCGGCCGCAACAGCAGCACGAUCCCAGCCUGUGCCAGGGCUGCGCGGCCGGCACCUGCCGCAUGAAGCGGCGUUAGCGGGGCGGCGGCGCGGCCGGGUAGGCCGCGGGCAGCGCGCACCGGAUGGGAAAGAGAUUGCCGUGGAUUGCGUAGGAGCCGGCGGCGCUGUCUGUGGGAGAUGAACAGUGGGUUGUUGGGCGUGCUUUCCAGCGGACGCAGAAGGGGCUACGUUGUGUCGACGGACCAG